UCAUUUCUGUGAUUUUGUUGGUUGAAUUGUGAUUGAUUUCUAAUUUUGAUCAUUACAAUUUAAUCAACGAUAUUAAUUAAUUUAAUUUCUUAAUCAUGAUUGAUGAGGUUUUGCUUGAUCUUCUCCAUAUCGAGCUUGUCAAUACUCUAGUAACACCAUCACCCAACAAUAAAUCGGAAUUAGUUCUUACAGAAUUAGAAAAUGUUGGCCAUAGUACAGGAUACAGAUUAAUUGAAAGAAUAACAAAAGAUUCACUUCGAUUUAAGGAUGAAUUAGAUAUCAUGAAGUUCAUUUGUAAAGAUUUCUGGUCAGUUAUAUUCAAGAAGCAGAUUGAUAACUUGCGGACAAAUCACCAAGGAAUUUACGUUUUACUUGAUCAUCGUUUUCGUUUUAUUUGUAAUAUCUCAUCAUCUAAACAAUUUACUGAAUUGAUGCCCAAAUAUUUGGCAUUUUCUUGUGGCCUGAUUCGUGGGGCUCUCGGUAAUCUUGGUUUAAAUGCAAUCGUUACCGGUGAAGUUGUCAAACCUCCAUCAUGUAGAUUCCAGGUACAGAUAAACAAAUCAUGAUAACAUUUAUUAUAUUGUUGCUUUCCACCUUUAAUUUGCAACAAAAAUAAAUCAAAAUUUAUUUAAAAUA